AAUACCCAAUAUAUACAAGAAGACACCCAUUUUAGUGAAAAAAAAAUGAAGUUUUGUAAGAAGUAUGAAGAGUACAUGCAAGGACAGAAGGAGAAGAAGAAUCUUCCUGGUGUUGGCUUUAAGAAGCUCAAGAAGAUUCUCAAGAGAUGCAGAAGAAAUCAUCUUCCUUCUAGAAUGUCUUUUACUGAAACAAUCAACCACAAUUGUUCUCGUGAAUGCCCAGUUUGUGAUGGAACUUUUUUCCCGGAGCUUCUCAAAGAAAUGGAAGAUGUUGUUGGAUGGUUCAACGAGAAUGCUCAGAAGCUUCUUGAGCUACAUUUAGCUUCUGGUUUCACAAAGUGUCUUACUUGGCUCAGAGGCAAUAGUCGGAAAAAGGACCAUCUUGGUUUGAUCCAAGAGGGCAAAGACUUGGUUAAUUAUGCUCUCAUUAAUGCCGUCGCCAUUCGAAAAAUCCUCAAGAAAUAUGACAAGAUUCAUGAGUCUAAGCAAGGACAAGCGUUUAAGACUCAGGUCCAGAAAAUGCGAAUCGAAAUCCUUCAGUCACCAUGGCUCUGCGAGCUUAUGGCGUUUCACAUCAAUCUGAAAGAAUCUAAGAAGGAAUCUGGAGCUACUGUGGCUUCUCCUCCUCCUGUUCAUGCAUUGUUCGAUGGUUGCGCUUUGACUUUCGACGAUGGGAAGCCUUUGCUUUCCUGCGAGCUCUCUGAUUCCGUCAAAGUUGACAUUGACUUGACUUGUUCAAUAUGCCUGGACACGGUGUUUGAUCCAAUAUCUCUAACCUGCGGUCACAUAUAUUGCUACAUGUGUGCUUGCUCUGCUGCAUCAGUAAACGUAGUUGAUGGCUUGAAAACCGCAGAAGCAACUGAAAAAUGUCCGCUUUGCCGUGAGGAUGGGGUUUAUAAAGGUGCUGUUCACUUGGAUGAGCUCAAUAUCUUACUUAAGCGAAGCUGCAGAGACUAUUGGGAAGAAAGGCGUAAAACAGAGAGAGCAGAAAGGUUACAACAAGCAAAGGAAUAUUGGGAUUACCAAUGCCGAAGCUUCACUGGAAUAUGAUAUAGCUUGAUUUGUGGCUUCUCAAGUGAGAUUCUUGAUUUUGAUAAUAACUUAAUAAGAUAGUAAAAAUAAUCUUGAUUUUGAUUUGCUUUCCUCUGUGAGUGUGUUUCCUUGCACAGAGAGUGACGAUUUGUUUGUGAUCACUGAAAACUCUUAAGCAUUCAAUAUGGUUUAUAAGUUUUGCAUAUGUUAAAAGAAGCUGGCUUCUCAAUAGAAACUUCAUAACCAU